AUGAACAAAGACAUCGACUUCGAAAAGUACACUCAACGAGAAAACAUAUUCAACUUUUUGGAACUUUUUGCAUCUGGUGUGACACUAGUGGUCAUCUCAAUUGCGUUUGUGUUUGUCGGUGGUGGUGUGUUUUUCGGACAAAACAUAUUCUUCUACGAGUUUGUGAUCAUUUUGUGUAUACUUAUUGAAACACUCCUUUUCAUCGCACACGCCCUUCUUUCAGUACGAAUCCGCCAAAAGGACGAACCGUACCCACCAUGUCUCUCUUUUAUAACACUUGCGUUGGCAUCGUGUUGCAUUGUUUUACUUUUUGUGUGCCUCCCCUUUUCAUUCAGAAGGGAAGAGCAACCAAUCACCAAAGACACUCUUGAUUUCUAUGAACGUCUCGUUUGUGUUGUUGUAAAUUAA